AUUCCCAGGAAUGGCGACCGCCAUCUUCCACCGUGAUUAAAUGAAAUGACCGUCGAGCAAUCGACUUUACCUCGCCGUGUUGCGCAGCAGCGCAAUUCUGAUCCGGCAAGCGAGAAGAAUAAUGCGUCUAGUUUAAAAGUUAUAAAAGAGAGAACGGGAGUAGAAGAUAUACAUAUUAUUAAUGAAGCUAUCAGUGCGUGUCGUACAGAAGAUGGGGCUUAUAAACUAGAAGAUGUUAUUAAUACAUUACAAGCAGAUGACACUGUCAGAAAACUUAGGACUUCCAAAUUUGUAAAGGAUGUGGUUGAUGCUGUACCUAAAUUCACCAAUGAGAGUAAACCACCUGCUAAAACAACAUCUACUAGUACAUCAACAACUGAUGCUACAACAACAUCCUCAUCUACUCAUGCUACAAAUACAGCUCCUUCAGGUGUUAUAGAUUUAACGAGUGAACCACCUGACAGUGAAGAUAUACAGAAAGCUAUAGCAGCUAGUUUACAUGAGACACCAGGUAUACUAGGUGGACAGGUGACUAAAGAAGAACAAGAUAUUAGCAGGGUAUUAGAAGCAAGUCUAGCCGAGAGUAAAGCAGGUACUAAAAGAAAACGUGGAGAUUUGUGGUUUGUGGAUCCCUUGAAUCCUCAUGAAAGAAAGAGAUCCGAGAAAUGGCCAGUUGGGUUAAAAAAUGUUGGAAAUACAUGCUGGUUCAGUGCUGUUAUACAGUCAUUGUUCCAUUUACGUCAGUUCCGCCAUUUAGUGUUGAACUUUCAGUUUCACCAACCAACAGAGGAUGGGGUUGAUGGCUCACCAGUGGAUAAUAGGAAUUUAUUAUUUAUGAAAGAAUUGCGGAGUUUAUUUGGUUUGUUAGUUGGUUCUAGUAAGAAGUAUGUUGAUCCGUCCAAGGCUGUAGAAAUAUUAAAAGAAGCUUUUUCUUCGCCAACAGGUGCUAGCGACAGUCAACAGGAUGUUAGUGAAUUUCAGCAUAAAUUACUAGAAUGGCUAGAAGAUGCAUUUAAAGUUUAUAAAAACAAACCAAGCACAAGUUCUUCUGAAGAAAGGAAAUCUGACUGUGAUAAAGAAAUAAAAAGUCCUGUUGUAGAUUUAUUUUACGGACAGUUUAAAGCUGAAGGUAUAAACGAAGGUAAAGGCUUUUUGAAUGUUGAGACGUUUGGUCAGUUCCCGUUACAAGUAUCCGGGUUUCGUGAUAUUCAUGAGAGUCUAGAGGCUGCCACGUCUCCAGGUGAAAUCGAGGCUGUUAGCAGUGAUGUCACACAGAAAUCGGGACAAGAGUUAUGGUUUACCAGAUUGCCUCCUGUUUUAACCUUUGAACUUUCCCGUUUCCAGUUUAACCAACAAUUGGGACGACCUGAAAAAAUCCACAAUAAAAUAGAGUUUCCUCAGGUUAUAUAUAUGGACAGAUACAUGGAGCGAAAUCAAAGCAUUACCAGACAAAGAAGAGAAGAUGGUAAAAAAUUAAAAGAACAAUUAAAAUUAUUAAAAGCUAAAUUAGAUAAGUUUUUACGAUAUGGGUCCGGUAAUAAACGUGUUCCGCUACAAGAUGUUCUACAGUAUGCUCUAGAAUUUGCCCAGAGUAAAGGUAGUGGUGAAACGACGACGGCGACGCUGUCUACGAGCUUGAAUCAAGAUGUUGAUAUGGAGUCACCUAGAACUACAGUCAGCAGUGACGACAAGGCAUCACCUAGAUUACCGACAUGUGAUUUACCGGAUGUUGCCAUGUCAUCUUAUACCAGAUCACCUAUUAGACCACCACGAUCUCUUGACACAGUGACAAGUCCGUCACCACGACAUGUAGGGGAAAAUGAACUCACGGUUCUCGAGGACUGUCUUCAUCGAUGGAGGACGGAAGUGGAAAUGGAUGUCCGAGAAUUACAAGAGAAUAUAGCAAGUUUAGAAGAAAAAGUUAGUGGAAUGUACAGUGAUGAAACUAUGAUGAAGUUUCCUUACCAUUUACACGCAGUAUUAGUACACGAGGGUCAGGCAGCGUCCGGACAUUACUGGGCGUAUAUUUACGAUUUAAUUCACGAGAAGUGGUUAAAGUUUAACGAUAUCACUGUAACGGAAUCGUCGUGGGAGGAGUUAGAGAAGGAGGGUGUAGGAGGAUAUCAUAACGCUAGUGCGUAUUGUCUCAUGUAUGUUGAUCGAUCAAGACUACAAUGUAAUGAUGUUGCGUCUGCUCAACAUUUAGAGACGAUGGAUUGUUUACCGUCAGAUCUGAGUAAAAUGGUUACGGAAGAUAAUCGAGCAUUUGCUAAAGAAAUAGAAUUAUGGAAUGAGGACCAGGCCAGGAAAACGGCCGAAGCAGAAGCAAAAGCUGCUGCAGAGAAGAAGAUGGUUAAAAGUCAGUCUACAGCUUAUACACAGACGAGUCAACUGUCUGGUCGACCAUCUUUACAUGUGGUACACGCCCAGAUAUCGUCACAAGAAACAUUAAAAGCUGUUAAUAAUAACAUAGAUUUACAAAUAUCACCUGAUAAAAUACUUCUACAGAGUGUAAAUCAAGAAUUAAAGAGAUUAUCAUCUCUGGGUAGUGAACAUGUACAGGAAUUAUUACCACAAGAUGAUCUUAGAUUAAAACAUAUGUUGAUAUACAUGGUGUUUAACAGAGCUGAUAUAAAACUACAACAGUGGACAGGACUUGAACAAUUCUCAUAUCUUAAACACUUGGAACAGUCAGAAAAAGGAAGGGCUAUUAGGUCAGCAGCUAAUGAGUUUGUGUUACGAUAUCAAAAAGAAUGUGGUCUGGAAUUAGAGAGACGAUUGGAGGAAUGGCAUAAUAAAUAUCAUUUAUUUCGAGAGGUUGUAUAUUUAUUUGUUAAAGGUUUAGAAGCUUUCUCGAAAGAAAGGUUUGCGGAAGCUCUACCAUAUAUAGAUCAAGCGUGGCAUUAUAACUCUGAUUGUAGUGUAAAUGGGAAAUACGAACAUUUUGGUGUCAAUCGUAAAAUGAUGGCGUAUUUUCGCCGAACAUGUCUACAUUCGUUAAAUACGAGCGCUACAGAACAGUUUGAAAGCGAGGAAGAUAUCUCAGAAGCUCUGACAUUGAUGAACAGUUUGAUAUUACCCACGUUGCCUGCUUUGUUUACGUCUGGAUAUACGGAGGACGUGUCCGCCGCAGAGGAAAUGAGGGAGAAAUGGUGUGCUUUUCUGGGAGAGCAAUUAUCUGAUUCCAAGAUUGACAAAUUGCAGGAUUUCUUAUCAAAACUGUUUGAACCUCCGACCGAAGUAAAACGUCAGUGCUCUCAACACAUACGUAAUAGUGACUUAUCUGAUUUAUAUACACGUUACAAACUAAUCAUGGACGAAUUACACAAAUCAGGCGAACUUAAAAAAGCCAUCUCAUGUUAGUGUUUUAAAUUAUUAAUAAAUAACUCAGCCCUUUUAUAUCAUUCACACAUUGAUGCUUUUUGUGGGACAAGACUUGAUUUUAUUUACAAGGGAGGUUUAAUGCUACCGACAUGGUUAUCAGGAAGUAACAUCUUGGGAUAUUACGUAACGAUGCUUUCUGUGGUGCACACUAAAAACUAUUUAUGGAUCUGUGGUGCAAGUAAACACUGAUUUUAUUUCAAGGGUUUUAAAUAUAACAUCAUUUGAAGAAGAAGAAACUGAUUUAUUACAAGGGAGGUUUAAUGCUAGCGACGUGGUUUUUAAGGCGUAACAUUUAGAAGCUUAUCACAAGACUUGAUUUUAUUACUGCUACCGACGUAACAUCUGCGAAGAUUAUCACAUAGUCAUGUUUCUGUGUGAGGAGAGAAGACUGAUUUUAUUACAAGGUUUACUGCUACCAACGCAGUUCUAGAGUCAUAACAUCUGCAAAGGUUAUCACAUAAUGAUGUUUCUGUGUGAGAAGAGAAGAUUGAUUUUAUUACAAGGGAGGUUUAUUGUUUGCGAUGCUGUUCUCAAGACCUAAUAUCUGAGAAGAAUAGUUCCUUUAGAAUGUGAAAUGAUUUAAAAUGUGUUUAGCAUGUACACAAGCCUGGAAAUAGCGGUUUUUGGUUGUAGCUGCCCAAAAUAUGAGGGACUAAGAAACUGGUAUGCUAGGUUCCCACUUUCACAAAUCGCGCUACGAUUGAAAUCGUGGUUUUAAUCGUGGAGUACUCGUGAGGAUCCUAUCGGUUCUUAUCACACAUUGAGGUCAAUCGUAGCAAUCGUGUUGAUCAUAUCAAAACGUAUCGGUACGCACCAGAUCGUGGACUAAUACGGACAAUCCUAUCGUAACACAUCGCACGACAGUGGGAACUUACCAUUAAAAAUACCAAAAAAACAAAGACAAAUGCGUGCCUGACAGGAGUUAUUGUGCCUGACCAUCAUUCAAUCUUCGCCUGACAUUGUCUCUUGUCAGGUGCCUUCUGUCUAUGUGUAGGCUUGUUACGAUAAGGUAGGGUGAGUCAUCGACCUUCGUCAAGCCAUGAAAGAUGUGAGCCAUACGUCUGACAGGUAAUCCUGGAUAUUAUAAUUAGAGUUUUAAUGUUUCUAUGGCAACGCUUGAUCGUGAGUCACCGACCUUCCGUAAUAUGAAACUGUGAAAUGGAUUGAAGAGAGAAGAAGUGAGACAUACAUCCGACAUGUAGUCAAUCCUGAAUAUUAUAAUUAGAGUUAUCCUUUUAAUGUUUCUAUGGCAACGCUUGAAUUAAUGUUUCUAUGGUAAUACUUGAUUGUGAGUCGCCAUUCCUAACUGACAAAAUCUUGGAAAUUAUAAUUAGAGUUAUCCUUUCUUUGGCGAUAUUUGAAGUAUCAAACAUGGCGGGAUGUAGUCUGCUGUUUACCCUAUUGUGACUGUGGGAUUGUGGAAAUCAAUUCUGGAACACGUCGAUUGAAGUAUCCAGCUUUGGAUCAUGGUUACCGAGACUACAGUACCGUGAUAGUCCAUGCACAAAUAAAUUUAGGAAGUAGAAAAAAAAAGGGAAAUAUUUCAUCUAAGAUCAGGGAUCGUUAGUAUUUGAUGGUGAACGCAUAGUAGACAGAAGGAAAUCUGAAGGCUAGGAGGUUCUGGGUAACCGAGACUACUAAAUGCUAAAUCUAUUUGUUAAGGCGAGUUCAAUUUUUGUCAAGGUCACUUGCUGAGAUGUAAAUAAGGUUAGGUCACGUGAUUGUUGGAGAGAUUGUAGCUUAGGCUUAGGGUAAUCAUUGGGGCUUGGUCAAGGGUUAUGGCUAGGGUUGGGAUUAGCGCUAUCCCUGUUUACAUCUCGUGACCUAUGAUGAAAAAUUGAGCUGGUAGUUGUGGAAAUUUGAGAAAUGCUCUCAUCGUGAAUAGAACAAGACCUGAACACACCAAGAAUUAUUAAAGCAGGAGGUGAAGCAAUCAGACCAUUCCAGGUUCAAAUCCCGAAUUAGAAUUCAAUAUUGACCAAUUUCAAUCAAUAUUGAUGUUAUUAUCUUGCCAGGAAACUAUAGGAUCAUAAUAUCCAAUAUUUAAGACUCAACUAACAUUUUAUAAUCAAUACACGAGUGGUGUACCCUAUGGUUUUGGGUGCCAUUUUGUAUUGAACAAAUAAAAACACAUCCUACAAAACAAUGUGAAAGUAAUUAGUAAAGGCUGAUUCACAAAUGACAAAAUAAUAAUUUUUAAAACGUGUAGAAUGCACUAAGUAGGCGUAAACGACUAACUUUCUAUUUGAACUGUUCACCUAUUUCACCGAACAUAAUUGAUUAGAAAUUAUAUUAUUUUUUUUAUAAAUGGAAUAUAAAUCACUUGACAUACAUUCAUAUUACAUUAAUAUGUGCUUUUAGAUACAUUUUUGUCUAUUUCAAGGUUUAAAAAAAUAGAACCAUACACCCUUUAAUACAGACCCCUUUAAAAUAAUCCUUGGUGUGCUCAGGCCUUUAAUCUUAGAUUCUGUUUUAAAUAUUUUGUAUUUGUAACCUCGGAUCAGGGCUAUAUAUUCUUCCAAAAUGUACGUUUUUCUUCUGGGAUGAUUUUGUUUAGCUGUAGGAAGGAGAGUUAAAACUCAAGCACUUGAAGGGAUUAAAAUAAAACUUCCGACUACUGCUUGAUUAUAAAUAUUAUAUACUGUAAUAUAUAGUCAAGCAGUAGUAAGAUGUUUUAUUUUAAUCCCUUCAAGUGCCUGUGAGUUACAAAUAAGAAAUUGAUGUGGGUAUAUGAAGAAAAUCAUGGCCAUUGAUGUGUGAACAGUCUCGAAAUAUAUCAAUUUUUAGGAUAGUGUACAUUUUCUUCCAAACUGGUUUCAGAAUUUAGUUGUUUUUUUUUCUGCAUUAAAGGAAGAAUAUAUAUAUAUGUAUAUAUAUAUCCCUGCCUCCGAUCAAUCUCAAUCACAAAGAUAAUUUUACACUUUGUUUAUCUCUGGGAAUGUCACGUGAUGUAUCCUUCCAUCGGUCGCUUUACAAAGAUCCAAGAUGGCGCGUUUCUUUCGAAAUUUCACUUAUUUAGCCGAAUCACUCUCAUUGUGCACUGAAAUUAGUUCCUGGUAAAUCAUCAACUUUUGAUGUCAAGAUGUGGAAAAUAUUCCAAGUAUCACUAAUAUAUAACUCAUGCAAAGAACCGAUGCCUAAUUGUCGAGAAAUCGGCAGCAUUUCAUUCUAACACAUCCUGCCAAUCAGUAGCCACUGGGGGGAGCGGAGCUUAGGAACCGAUUUCACGCUGAUUAAUGGCUGGCGAGUUUUACCAGAUAUAAACGAGGGGUAAAGUUAUCUCUAUGAUCGAGAAGGGCCUCCGAUAUAACUGUAAUUUAGCUUUAACGUCAUGUAACGUAUAUGCAUAAUACAUAUAUUUUUGGCAGGGUUUUUUUAUGGUUAAUUUAUUAUACUAGCUUUAAGAAAUACAUGUUUAAUUCUUUAUCCCUGGGACUAUUUCAAACCACCUGAAACCACUCCCAUCCGUCUCUGGCGCCGCAAACUACCAGCGUCAUGUCACUAGCUGUGGACUAUUUAAACAUACAUUAUGCAAGAGCUAAAUCUGCCUAUUGCAGGUCUUUCUGUGGGCCUGAAAUGUUUUCUAAAUUAUUAAUUAGACGUUAAUUAACUUAUCAAGGCCUUAAUCAACUCCCGAUGGCAUUAGAUUUUCCGAUAUUAAAUAGAUUAGAACGGUUCAGCCAUAUUUUGAUUUAAGCUAAAAAUGGAGGAGUGAACAACCAGUACGGUGGUUGAAAUUAUUGCACACGUCUUGUCAAACCCGCAAAGGCUAAUAUCUUCGCUCGCAAUAGAGUAAUUUGAAUGAAAUUUUCAAAUUAUUCAUUUUACAUUAUCUAUUUCUAAACUAUUAUAGCAAGAAUGGCUAGCUCUUUAUCUAAACCUUACAUAAUGUAUCUUUAAGGACUGUAUGUUAGUUAUGUGACUCUCUCCUUUGGAUGAAUUUCACCAUGGGUGCUUCCCUGCAAAGACAAUGUGUCUUACCCCAAUAAAGCUGGAUAAAGCCUACUUUUUGUGGCUUCCUCUGGCCAGUUUCUUACGAAACACUUGUCUACGAUAUCACCUUUGGUGGAAGUGGAUGUAAAACUCUAGGAACGAACGAACGAACGAUACGUGACUCGGGUAGUUUAAGACAAUCUAAGUGGUUUCGAAAAUGAGCUACAAAUCUGUAACUAAGACUUGAUAGCUUUGCUCUCAAUUUGUUUUAGGGAUAGGUAAUGUUUACAUGUUCCAGGUGUUAAAGUGAUAAACAGGCUAUAAACGGGUUACUAUGACAACAAAUACCAUGUGACAUCAUUGUAUUUCCAAUAAAUCUUGAACAGAUUUAAGAAUUUUCAGAGAUUGCAAAAUUCGUGCCGUUUAAUUUUUAUUUCGAUGUUAUGACAAAUAUAGAAGGAAGGAAAAAAAUGUAAAUCUCAGAAAAUUAGGAAAAAAACAAACAAGAAGCAAUUUUUAAGUUUCGUGUGAAAUCAUUUCAGAUUGAUGAAUAUUUAUUAAUACAUAUUAUUGUACAUGGUAUUUUCAGGGCUUUGUUACGUAGAGAAUCUCCUACGAGUCUUGUUGGAUAUCAAAAAAUAUCAACACAAGUCGAUAAAGUAAAAAAAAAAACGAGGCUUUGAAUGUUGAUAUUUUUUGAUAUCAAAAAAGACGAGUAGGAGAUUUUAUUUAUCACCCAAUUCUUUCUUACGCGCACAAAUAAAUAAAUAUAAUUCUUUGCUAUAGAUUUCACUUUUACUGAACCUGAUUACAUUACGGCGUAGUGUUACAUCAUUUUUUGACAGCAAGUCACCCGUUGCAAUGUCAUAUAUAUUGACCCGUUGUUUUCGUUAAGGUUAUGGGGAGUAUUGUAAUUAUUUAUGGUAAUUGAGAACUUUUCUCCAACAAUAUUACUGGUUCCAAAAAGUAGUUCCAUUUUAAUGAAGAAAAAAGGUAGUUCCUUUUUAAUUGACCACGUAAAGUUAUAUAUCGCUCAGUAAAUUAUGAAAAUUAUCAGAAAAGCGAUAUCCAUUGUAGUAUGUGUUAUUGGGUAAUUAACUUAUUUAACCCAUCUUGAGAGAAGUUGCCAAGCCAACCCUUCACAAGUUGUUCCUGUAGUUACACUUUCCAGUUAUCUAUGAACACAUGACUGCAUGACUGCAGCCCACUAUCUCAGGGCCUCCUGACUUUGCACACAUGACUUGCGGCCCAUGAUUUCAGGGCCACCUCACUUUCGAAAAUGAAUGCUUAUUGAUUUACCAGAAUUACGUGCAAACUUAGAAGUUUGUAAAAGCAUGGACCUUAUAAUAUGGUCCAUGGUAAAUGUAAGGUCUGAACGGCACUGAUUCCAUCUUAGAAAACUUCCUACCAAGCAUUAAAAUCGUGUGUUUAUGAUAUAUAUAUAUAUAUAAUGUACAGUAAUAUUUAUGUUUCAUUUUGCAUUACAUGUAGCUGCUAAUAUAUUGAGCUUCUUCAAUAGACGCCCUUCGCAGUCUGUCAAGCAAUUUAUAGAAUCAAAAAUUACGAAAUCCUUUUUUAUACGAACAUUGGGCCAAUGAAAGGAGGAGUCUUGCCGAUUUUACGAGUUCUCAGUCCAUCUCUUUAUAACAUGUGGGCGUAUCUUGCAUGGCAACCGUUCGUUAUUUAUUUUGAUUUGAAAGAAAGUCAGAUUACCGUACAAAGUGGAUUAAGCCAUGAUCAAUUUGAUAUUUUAGCGAAAGAUGGAAAUGAUAAAUGUAAAUAAAAUAUAUUGAUAUAA